AUGGAGGCCUUUCGUUUACCGCGCAAGUCGCGACCCGCGCUGUCGGCGAGUUCCGACGGCAAGUCACCGCACGAACAGCACAACGACGGGACUUUGUUUGUCAGCAAGGGCGUGAAAUACUACUUGCCCGUGCUCUUCUACACGGCUCCCGCCAUUACAAAGGCACCGUUUCCUAUGCUGAUAUGCGACGUAUUGAAAUUGCGCGAUUGCAGACGAGUCUACAAAAACGAGGGCUACGCUCCAGCGAGCCAGAACAUACUGAUGUUGGGCAACCAUCCUGUGCAGAAGAUACUUGUUCAGGGGAAGGUGGUUGGCGAGCGGUGGCACGAGAUGUCGCAGGACAAGUUUUUCAUGUUUCUGGAAAUCUCAGACGGGACGGCCGAAAACGCUCUCACAGUCAAAAUACAGAGCCAGUUGUAUUACCAACGGCUGAACGGGUUUGAGAAGAAUAGCAAUCUGCUGGUACAGGUCCGAGGAGUGGCUAAUGUCUACAACGACCAGGUCGAGAUCUGCGCGGAGUGGCUUGACGUGGUGGGCGACAAGCGUGACAUGGGGGUGGAGAUGGACUGGUGGGACAGGGCGUUGAGUAUGAAGGCCGAAGUUUUGGAGGAUCCGUGGGAGUUUCGUGGUGAUGUUGACGAGGCGAAAAAGAAUGGCGAGAAAUUAUUAAAAGAGUGGCAAGAGGAGCGGCGAGCUGCAAAAGAGGAAGACGAGAGGCUUGUGCUGCAACUGAAACGCGAAAAGGCCUAUGAAAGACAGCAAAAGUUGGAGAACGAGCGUGCUAAACCGGAUUUUGCGACAGAAGCAGAUGUGGCUAAUGGCCAAGCCGCAGACUCUGCCGAGCAUGAUUCGGAGGGGUCUGGCUACGCAACGGCCACAGAGAUCGAGGAGAGCGACGAGGCGAACGAGGUUUACGAGGACACGCGAGAGGCGUCGAGCGAUGUGGAGCAGGAGGAGGUCGUGAUAGGGGAAGAGGUAGAGGUGAGAGAGGAAAAAGGGGAGGAGGAGCAGCCUGUAAAGAAAAGACGAAAGAAGGAACCAAAAGCACCGCAGACGGACGAACAGACUAGCGCCAAUGCCCAGUUCCUGCUUCCACCGCCCGCGUUCGUGGGAACACGGGUUUCUAUUUCUCUGCUCGGUCAUUUUGACGACGACCACAACGCCGUGGAAAAAGAGAUCCUGAGGUUCUGUUUGCAAACUGCCGAUAGCAAGUUCAGUUUGGAUCGGCUGAUGGCAGACAGAUUGGUGGCCGUCUCCGUGUAUCAGGAAAUUCUCCGGACCAGAGCAGAGCAGGACUCGGAGCCACUUAACAGCGACCUGGAUCAGCACUCGUUCAAGCUCUUUUUCCAUGCCGCGCGGAAGUCCCUGUGCCACACAAAACUACUCAAGCUCACCAAGUCGUCAAACAUAGAGACUAAUAGCCUCAAAAACGUCCAAGAGUACUUUUCGAACCUGAUCAACCAUGUCAUGCAUCAGAUGAAGAUAGUUAUUCAAGAGCUGAAAGACGACUCGGAUAAUGUCGAAGAAUUUUGCCGGAACAUGGUGCAGUUUUAUCACACACAGCUGGGGCGGUUUGUGCUGACGUCGAGGUCCAUGGUCAGCAAGGUGCAGGACAAGUUCUCGGUGAGCAUCACAGCCCCGAUGAUCCGCCAAAUUAUGGCACACACGAUCUGUUCUGCCGAGACAGACCACUCAAUUGAGCUCGAAGACGGGCUGCAGAUCAAUUUCUCGUGGUAUUAUCUGGUCAAACAUUGCCAUUACAUGUAUCUUCCCGAAAUCGUACAUAGUGGAAAAUAG